AUGCCCGAGAACGUCAUGAGCAAGACAGUAACGCCGUUUCUGCGAGAGCACAUUCCCACGAUAUAUGCGCCUGUUGGCAAACCCAGCGGGAUCAUUGUCAACAGCGCAAGGAAAGACCCCAACAGCAAAUUCUGCUACCGUCAUCGUCCCGACUCGAAGUGCAGGAAAGCGGCCGACGAGUCGAAGAUGGCUGUGAUCCAAAGUUCUCUCGAGACGCUACCAGAUGCCGAUCGGCAAGCCAUCACAAAUGUGUGGUCCUUAUUCUCAGCCGCACCAACAAAACACCGCGACCUGAUGCUGCAGGGCAUUCUCACCCAGUGCUGCUUCCCACAGCUAUCGACUGUGGCCAGAGAACUUGGAGAGCAGCUCAAAAUAGACUUUAUUGCCGCCUUGCCCGACGAAUUGUCCCUCAAGGUCCUCAGCUAUCUCGACUGUGUGUCGCUCUGUAAGGCCGCUCGCGUGAGCCGGCGAUGGAACACACUCUCGUGCGACGACAUCGUGUGGCACAGGCUGUGUACUCAGCACAUCAACCGGAAAUGCACGCAUUGUGGUUGGGGCCUGCCGAAGCUCGAGAAGAAGCGCUUAAAAGAAUGGCGGCCUCAACGACUGGUCGACAUCCGACCGAGCGGAGUGUCGGCCACCGCCCCCGCCCCCGCCCCGACGAGCGAGCCAACUGCUGCCCCGGCCCUGCCUCUGACGCCGGCCACAAUCGUUACCAGCCCCGGCAAACGCUCGGCAUGCAGCGAUGAGGAAGAGGAGAACUCGAAGCGUGCGUGCAUCAGUGGUGUCGGGGAGUCAGCGGGACAGGAACUUGCACGUCGCUACAGGCCUUGGAAGGACGUCUAUCGUGAUCGCUUCAAGGUCGGCUCGAACUGGAAAUACGGACGCUGUUCAGUCAAAAUCUUCCGCGGGCAGCACACUAACGGCGUGACCUGCCUGCAGUUCGACGACAACAUCCUGGCCACUGGGUCUUAUGACUCAACGAUCAAGCUUUGGGACAUUGAGAAGGGCGAGGUCAUCCGUACACUGCAAGGACACACCAGUGGCAUUCGUGCCUUGCAGUUUGACGACAGGGUCCUUGUCAGUGGCAGUCUGGAUGGCACUGUAAAGAUCUGGAAUUGGCGAACCGGCCGCUGCCUGAAGACACUUGACCACCAAGGUGGCGUCGUCUCCGUGCACAUGGAGGGCGACCUCCUGGCAUCUGGAUCCAUGGACAAGACGAUCAAGAUCUUCAACUUCCGCACUGGCGUCUCGUGGUCCCUCAGAGGUCACACGGACUGGGUCAACCAGGUUCGUCUGGACACGGCUUCCAAUACGCUCCUGUCAGCUUCCGACGACUGCACCGUCAAGAUGUGGGAUCUCGACACAUGCAAGGUCAUUAAGACCUACGAGGGUCACGUCGGCCAGGUCCAGCAGGUCUUGCCCCUACCCGACGACUUCGAGUUUGAGGACGAGCACGGCAACGAGGUUGACUUGGCGACCGUAGCUAGUCCCCGCAGCAACACGCCCCCUCCCAGUGCGUCGAACGACACCACGGCGGUCAAUGAGGAGCGCGCCGCAUAUGGCCCGGCCUUUGAGAACGACCCCACGAGACAGUUGCCCCCCCGGUUCAUGCUCACCGGCUCUCUCGACGCGACCAUGCGAUUAUGGGAUACCGCUACCGGGAAGACCCUUCGCCCCUUCUUUGGCCACGUUGAAGGCAUCUGGGCUCUGAGCGGCGACACGCUGCGCUUCGUGACCGGCGCCAACGAUGCCACCGUCAAGAUCUGGGAGCCAAAGGCCGGAAAGUGCGAGCGCACAUUCACCGGCCACGCCGGUCCCGUCACCUGUGUCGGUCUCAGCGACGCGCGAAUGGCCAGCGGCGGCGAGGAUGGCGAGGUUCGUCUGUACUCAUUUGCCGACAGCGGCUCGCACGUCGAGGAGCGCGGCACACCCUCGUGA